GCUACGCUCUCGCAGCCAUGGCGUGUCCUCUGCCUGGAGUGGGCUUUGCGCUUCUAUUGCUUCUCCCCAUCAUGAUCCCCAUGGUGUACUCCGCUUCUACCCCGUCUCCGUCGUUUCCUCUGUCCUCCUCCUUUGUAACUGUAUCAUCUUCUUCCUUUUCAUCCGUUUCCAACACCCAGUCUGGUUCCGAUGUGCGGUCUUCGACUGCCACUAUGGGUUUUGUUGCUUUCUCGCAUGGUCUUCCUACCUUGGGACACAGCAUGUGGGGAGAGGCAAAAUGUAUCAAAACAGCAUCAUGCAAAGUCAAAGCCAGCAGGCUUACGGUCGAGGGCAAUUCUGGCUUGAGGAAGCUGAGAGCUGAAUCGGCAAUGAGUGCAACCGAGCCUGACGUCCUUGCAGAGGUAAAGAUCAGAGCUGAGAAGGCAAGAUUCACCUCCAGAGCUACUAAGCUCCUGGGAAAACCUGUUCUUUCAGACUGGAAGGAGGGUGUACACUUCGUCAAUGCUGACAAGGACUGCAAGUUUAACUUCAUGGAGAUGGUAGUUGUACGAGGCAAGUAUGCACGAGUACAGAUGGGCCCAAACGAAGAUGGGAUGUUUGCUGUUGAAACAAUGAAUGGUGAAAUGGGCAGUUCGGGGGUUAGGAGGCUUGGACCAACAAUUAUUGGGCGAAUAGUGGACAUGUCCUAUCUGGACGAUGCCUUCAAUUACUACGAGAUAAGCUGAAUGAGCUAUCUCAAGGUUUCGUUUUUCUUCUUCCAUUAUUUGUUUGUAUUAAAGCUGUUGAUUUCUUG